CUUCUGCCUAAGCCUUGAGCCUAAGCAUUGAGAAAGGCUGCACCAGCACUGAACCGCGCGUUAUAAUUCGAACGUCAGUACCGCGCAAUCUACUGCGUCUUAACGAUUAAAAUAUAGUAUAGUAUGGACCAGUGGUCGCUACUAACGCCGGAGCUGCAGCUGGAGGUCGCGAGCCACUUGCCGCCCGGCGAAGUGGCGGGAUGUCUCAAAUUCGUCGACUGGGCCACCUACCGCAACCUGCACAGCACCUAUGAGACCAUUCGCCUGACAGAUGGUGAACCCUGGCCGGCACAAGCUUUCCUGCUUUACUGGGGCCGUUCGGAGUGGCCCUGGCGGGGGCUCCGCGUACUGCAGCGGCGGAAGCUGCUGUGCCUGGCUGCCGGCAGCGGCCAUGCCCCCAGCCUGGCGGCCGCGCUGUCGUACUGUGGCUGCAGCCUGCGUGCCGAGGUGAUGGCGGCGGCUGCGGCUGCAGGCGACGUGGCGGCGUGCGAAACGCUGCUGGAGGCCGGCUGCUGCUGGGGCAACGUCGUAACCAUGGCUGCAGCUGCGCAGGGGCGCAUCGAGGUGCUGGAAUGGCUGCUUCAGCACGACUUUGAGUUUGAGGAGCACACAGAGUACAGCACCAAUGGUGUGAUGAGCGAUGCGGAGGUUGAUCCGGACAUCCAAUCCGCAAUUGAUGAGUCCGACAACGCCGAUGAUGAAUUCCGCGAGGCGGCACACUGCCCGCGCACCCCCGCGGCCCAUGGCGGCCACGCGGCGGUUUUGGCGUGGUUCGAUGAGCAAGGAUUCUACGAGCAGUGCGACGACCCCAACUGGCAGCUGUGGCUGGUGCGGGCGGCGGGGCAGGGCGGUCAUGCAGCUCUGGCGGCGCAGCUGGUGCAGCAGGCUGCAGACGCCGCCAGUGACGGCAGCGAGAGUGACGACGACCCUGACGCAGCCCAGGACCCGGAGGACGAGGAGCCUUUCCUGCUGGAGUGGGAUGAGGAGUCGCCGCGUUGGCUGCGCGCAAAGGCGUUGCUGUUCGGGCUGGCGCUUGGCUGCUCGCUGGCAGAAUUGAAGCAGCACGGCGCCGCGGCUGUGGCGGCGGUGCGGCGCCGCGGCAGCACGGCCGGCAAGUCUGCCCUUCUGCGGAUGGCGGCAUGCAGCCUCACAUCCGAUUGGGCCGACAAAGUCGACUAUCUCCUAAAGGCGUGGAAGCUGGUGAGCUGGGGUGACGCCAGCGACAAGGAUGGACACGGGCUGUGGGAGCGCACGGCGCGGGACCCCAGCUUUGUGCCGCGGCUGCAGCACCUGCGUUCGCGCGGAUUUUGCUUUCCGGAUGAGCUAGCUUCUGCCGCCGCCAGGGCUGGGAACUUGGAGGCUCUGAAGUUCCUCCUGGACGCCCGCACCGAAAAGGUGACGGAUGAGGAGACGCAGCACCUGAUCACCACCGCCGCCUGCGGCGGACAGGCCGCGGUGCUGCAGUGGUUCCGGCAGCAGAACCGGCUCAAGUGGCACGGCCGGUGGCGGCACUCCGCGGUGCUUGCCGCCAAGGGGGCGGCCCUCAGCUGGAUGGUGGAGCUGGAGGUGGCGGAGGUGCAGCAGGCGCAGCAGGCGCAGCAGGACGACCAGCCGCCGCAGGGCCGGGACACCCAGAAGGCAGCGCAGGCGCGGGACGGGCAGGGGAAGGAGAAGGGCAAGCAGGAGCAGUUGCGGGAGGUGCCGGGCGUGUGGUAUCAGCUGAGGAAGGCGGUGAUGCGGCACGGCGAUGAUGCCACAGUCCGGCGGCUGGUGGAGGGGUGCAGCAUGGAGGACAUCGGGUUCCAAGAGGCGGAGGGGUGCGACAUGGAGGACAUUGACUCUGACGAGGAGCAGGAGGGGUGGUGCGGCGUGGAGGACAUUGGGUUCGAGGAUUGGGACAUGCUGGUGUGUGGAGCGAGCGUGGAGCUGCUGGAGUGGAUGGCGGCGCGGCGGGGGGCGCCGAUUGAGGUUGAGACCGGCGCUGCCACCCUGCACUCCGCGGCCUGGGCCGAGGGCAACCUGGCGGCAGCAGAUUGGGUGCUGUCGAAGACGACUGUAGUGGACGUGCCUGUGGAGGAGCAGGUCAGUCGCCAGGCGCGGUUGGCGCACUUCCGUUUCGGCGAGGUGGUGUGGCUGCUUCGUACGGUGAUGUCAGAGGGGAAGCCAGAAGAUGGCAUUUCAGCGCGCCAAUGGCAUGAGCUGCAAGAGGAUAUCGAAUCGUCGGGGCUGAUCACACCGCGGCAGCAAGAGAUGCUGGAGGAACUGAGACAGGAGUUUGAGGAGUUUGAGGAGGACUCGGAGGAGGAGGAGGACGAGGAGGGGGACUUCGAGGAGGAGUUUGCGGAAGACCUGGAGGAGGAAUCGGAGGAGGAGCUGGAGAGCUGCCGGAAGGAGGAACUGGCCAAGGGGUCCAAGGGUUGAAUGCGCAGGACCUUGCGCGUUGGUAACUUGGGACUUGGGUAGAAUGGCAACAUUUGUGACGUAUCAGAGUGGGGUGAUAGCGAUGUUUCGCCUGCAGCAGGUGCGAGGACGUAGCUGGGCGCGGCUGACGUGUUGCUCAAAAGGCUGGUGAAGUUGUGGGGGCGAGCUGUGCGGGUGCGCCUAUCAUGCGGGUACCUCGGAAGGCGAGAGCCCCCCAGGAACACCGCGGGGAUGCCAAAGGCCCCCAACAUAGAGGCGUGUGCAAUUUGCGUGUGCUAGAAGGCGCCCGCGUCAAGGUGGCUGGGUUGAUAACGACCCGGGAGGGGAGGGCUCAGCCCUUUUCCUGCCUCCCUAAGGCAGCCACCUCCUUGUUAGUAUCCAGGAGACCCUGACCUUAGAUUGAUUGCAUGGAAGGGUUGAUUGGGACUCCGGAGUUGCGCUGUUUGAAACGGGUGCAUCUGAACGACAAUGCUGUGUGAACGCGCAUGGCCGCUUGUGACUUCGAGAUGCUGGAUGUGCUGACCUGGGCUGCCGUGUAAGCAAAGAAGGGC